GUGAACUAAGUGACAUGACAGAAGAAGAGUUGCAAUUUGUCAACAUCUUCUGAAUCUCUUCGUAGUUAUUUUUGGGGUUUUAUCUAUUUUCUGCUUGAAAUAAUUGUGUUGAGAACUUGAGACAGAGUUUGUAAAUAGUAGUAAAAUAGUGAAACAUCAAAUUUCAAAGGUCCGGUAAAAAGGAUAUCUGUGUACUUGUGUGUAUGUGUAAAGUGUAUUUACCUUGAAAACCGGCCGGUCAAAUAUUGCAAACAUGUCUAUUCAAUGGACAUUUAUUGCUGGCUACCUCUAUUUCGAGGUAGCUGUCGUCAUUAUCAUGAUUCUACCCAUAUUUAGUCCCAGGAGAUGGAAUCAGUUUUUCCAUUCUCGAUUAUUUUCGAUGUUUCGAGAAUACGCUGCAGUAUACUUUUACGUAUUUAUAGGAGUUUUAUGUUUGUUUCUCUUUGAUGCGAUAAGGGAAAUGAAGAAAUAUUCACACUCCAAUGAUGCUGGAGCUCACGCACAUUUGGCAAGUGAAAUGAAAACCAGUGUAAAACUAUUUCGGGCACAGAGAAACUUCUACAUAACUGGGUUUGCCAUUUUCCUGUCGUUCGUUAUUCGUAGGCUUGUUAGCAUGCUCAUAAUUCAAGAUGAACUGAGCAAGAAGGCUGAGAAGAUAAUCAAAGAGGCAGAAGCUACAGUAAAGCUUGCCAAGGAGACUGUGAUAGCUAACACGCUAGAGAGUUCAGCCAAUAAUCAUGAAGAACUUGUGUCUCAACUGGAGGAGACUCGCAAUUUGCUAAAAGAGGAGCAGUCCAAAGCAAAGAAUUUAGAAGAAGAAGUAAAUAUUUGGAAAUCAAAGUAUCAAGAACAAGUUGAAGCUAAAAAUCAAUAAUUUUUAUUACACUACAUUACUAAUAAGCUUAUAUUAUCAGUACUUAAAUAUAAAGCUGCUAAUACCUACCUAACAUGUUAAAAAUAACAUAAUAUAAUCUUUGUGUUACUUAUCACUCAUAGCAAUAUUGUUAUUGAAGAAGACUUUUAAUUGUGUAUUUUUAUAAGCUUGCAUGACUACCUAACCAUGUGAAAUCAUAAUAGUUAUUAGAUAUAUUUGUAAUGAUCUGUGAGUUCAUUGUAUUUGGUGCUUUACUAAUGUAUUGAGAUUGUUAUAUAGUCCCCCUAAUUCUUUUUACUUUAAAUAAACUUUGAUAUUAUAUUCAUACACAUAAUGGAAGAAAAUAAGGCCAUUUUACUGUCAAUUUCAACUUAGUAACAGCUAAAAUUGUAUAGAAUUUGUCUCCACCAUGCUCCAAGUGUUAUUUUGGUAUA